UUGACAACCGGUCCAUCGGACCGCGGUCUUCUACACGUGCGCGCUGUAGUCUCAAUCUCAUUUUAAAAUCCGCGUUUAUUUUUUAAAAACAAUAUUAAUCUUCUUUCGUAUUACAGCAACAUGUACUAAUCACUCAUCAGCUCUUACAACUUUUUUCACGAUGGUAAAAAUAAGCCAAGUUAACAACAACCAAAAGAAAUGUGAUCGUUAAUUUUUCACAUAGUUUUUUUUUACUUUAAUUUUUCAAGUUAAAAAAAUUUUAAGUGAAAGUUUAUUAAUUUAUCAUAAAUAUUUAAAAUAUUCAUCAUAUUUCUGUUGACUGUUGAUUGAAAACAAAAUAAAUAGUUGCUAUCAGACAUUGCAAUUGUAAUUUAAAAUUCAAAAUAAAAUUUGCUGGUACUGAAAACACAAGUGAUUUGCACAUUACUAGUUGCAGAUAAUACAAGCACAACAGUACGGUUGAAUUUAAAUUGAGAUUGAGAGACAACAUUCGAACACAAAGAUGCGAUACAAGGUAAACGACCCAGAGAACAAUGAAAGGAGUCCCGAGGAAGUGAAACAGUCGGAUGUUCCUUGGUACACAUGGGAUGAAAAAAAAACGAGAAAAGAAACCCGACUAGUAAUUGUGGUAGGCUUGUUGGCUGUUGCUGUGAUUGCAUUAGUUGCUACACUGACCUUGCAAAUGGCUGUUUUCCGUAAAGAAGAAUAUAAAGAGAUGUGUCAGAGUGAUGAGUGCAUAAAAACAGCCGCAAGGAUAAUUGAGUCAAUAAAUAAAACAAUAGAUCCGUGUGAUGAUUUUUAUAAGUUUGCUUGCGGGGGAUGGAUUUCACGUAAUCCUAUUCCGCAAAGUCAGACUUCUUGGGAUCAGUUGAGUCUUCUUCGAGAAGAUUUGCUUGAAAACUUGAGGGUACUUCUUGAAGAGCCUGAUCAGGACAAUGAUUUACGGCCAAUUAAACUCGCAAGAUCACUUUAUAAAACGUGCAUGGAUACUGCAAAGGUCGAGAGUCUAGGAUUAACACCAAUAUAUAAAGUUUUAAAAAAACUAGGUCUUCCUAAAGAGCCAAUAUUUGAUGAUGAAUUAAUAGACCUUGAUUUAUCAACAAUUGCUGGUUCAGCACAACGACACUUGGGUCUUAAUAUAUUUUUAAAUUUCUACAUCAGUGAAGAUGUAAGAAAUACAUCGCGGAAUCGUAUGAUGAUGGAACAAGUAUCUCCAGGAUUUAGCGAACGUUACUUGCUGGACCCAGUCAGAUUCAACUCAGAGCUGACUGAAUAUAAACACUACGUUAAAUCUAUGGUCGAGUUAGCAGGAGUCAGUGAUAAAAGUGCUGACUUUGCUGAUGAAAUACUAAACACAAGUACUAAAAUCGCUAAGAUAAUGGAGACACCGGAAGAAAGGAGAAGUUCAAAUCAUUUGCUCCAUGAUGUAAAUAUCGAUGAGCUUCAACAGUUGACGGAUCUUCAUGCAGUGAAGUGGAAUUGGACGAGAUAUGUUGAUGCAGUUUUUGAGAACACAGAUGUUGUUAUUGACCCCAAAGAGGAUCGUGUUAUCGUAAUGGAUCUUCUGUACUUGCAGCAGCUCCCGCAGCUUUUAGCAGACACACCUCCUUCGACUAUUGCUCGCUUUGUUUGGUGGACCGUUUACUCAACAGUCGCUCCUCUGACAUUACAAAAAUUUCGUGAUCUUGGUUUUCAAUUUUCACAAAAAGUAUUUGGAUUGAAAGAAAAAACAUCUAGAUGGAAAGGAUGUACGGGAAACGUAAAUUCUAAUUUUGGAAUGGCUCUCACUUAUCUAUAUGUGCAAAGACAUUUCAAUGAACAAGCUAAAGAAAAGGCAUUAGAGAUGUUACUAGACAUCCGAGCGGCGUUUGACGAAAUGGUUACAGAAUUAGAGUGGAUGGAUAUUGGAACGCGACAAAGAGCUCAUAAAAAACUAAAUGCAAUGAGACCUUUCGUCGGAUUUCCCGAGUGGAUAAUGGACCCUGAAAAAUUAGAUGAAUUUUACGAUGGGGCCGAAGUUAUUGAAGGACAAUUAUUUGACACAUUUUUAAGACUCACGGACGUGGGAACUAAUAAAACACUCAAUAGUUUAAGAGAAAAACCCGAUAAAGACCGUUGGAUAUCUACUGGGACAACUGUUAAUGCAUUUUACAGCGCUAUUUUGAAUUCCGUCACGUUCCCGGCGGGUAUCCUGCAUCCACCUUUUUAUGGAAACGGAUUAGAAUCUAUCAAUUACGGAGCGAUGGGGGCGAUAAUGGGUCACGAACUAACGCACGGAUUCGACGAUCAAGGCCGCAGAUACGACGAGAACGGCAAUCUACGUCAAUGGUGGAGUGAUGAGACAUUACAACAUUACCACGAGAAAGUUGAGUGUAUCAUUAAACAAUAUAGUAACUAUCAUUUACCAGAGCUCAGUAAUAAUUUUACGGUCAAUGGGAUAAACACUCAGAGUGAGAACAUUGCUGACAAUGGAGGGAUUCGCGAAGCCUAUCGAGCUUACCAGAGAUUGAAAGCCAGAAAUUCAAGCCCGCAAGCUCUGCCAGGGCUGGCUGAGUACACGCAAGAUCAGUUGUUCUUUCUUGGAUUCGCUCAAGUUUGGUGCGGAAAUUAUACGAACGGCGCUUUGAAGUCUAAACUUAUUGAGGGGGCACAUGCACCCAAUCAUUUUCGUGUGAUUGGGACUCUGUCAAAUAAUUUAGACUUUUCAAAAGCAUGGAAAUGUCCUCUAGGAAGCCCAAUGAAUCCUCCCCACAAGUGUAUACUGUGGUAAUUGUGCUCUACAAAUUAUUGAUCGUAAGGACCAAUUGUACAUAAACGUAAAAUUAUUUAAACUGUAAAUAUUUUAUGAUUAAUAAAUAAU